AUGCGAAACGACUAUGCUGACUUAAAGAAAGAAGUAGAGAAACCAGCAGAAGAUAAAAUGGACAUGUUAGCAUUUCUGAACAAAAACUAUCCAACAGUAGAAGAUUUCCUUCUAUCUGACGUCAAGAAGAAAUAUAAAGAGACUUUCGGCAUUGUUAAAACUUUUGAUAUCCUCAGCGAAGAAAUAGAAGCUACAAAACUGUUUAGGAUUUCAAAUAUACAUCGUACAAUUCAUGUAAAACGCUUGUGA